AUGGAAAUUAAACAAAAAGGAUCGCGUUCCUGCAGAGUUGACCAAGGAAAUGUGGCGAAUCCUGAACAACAUUUUUUACAAGACUCUGCUUCGAAAAUCUCUAGAACCGAUAAAUCGUCUCAAUUAAUUACUGCUAAUCAAAAAUCUUCUCCAGAUACAAGGCAGAAAGUGCCUAACACGUCAAAAUAUCAACUAAAUAUUCGAAAAAAUCAACAAUGUUCUGUUGAUAAUCCCACAUCUUCGCCACUCCCCACUGUUAACGGUGGACUACUAGAGAUAACCUUUGAUCAAAGUAAAGGCCAACUUUUAUGGGCACCAGAAGGAUAUCAAGGGGUAAUUAUUAAUUAUAUAUUUAACUCAAAGAAACGCCGACUAAACGGUGGUUCAUUAACCUCUUCAAAAUCCUAUGUUCCAAGACCACCGAAUGCAUUCAUUAUAUAUCAUAAAACUAAAUCUAAGGAACUCGCCAAAAUCAAGUCUAGAGCACGAAGUGCAUCCGAUGAACGUCAUCCGUCAAAAACUGUAGGGGAGAUGUGGAAAGAAGAAUCUGAGGAAGUUAAAUUACGAUACCAAAGAGAAGCUGACUUGGCCCUCGUAGAACAUAAAAAGAAAUAUCCAUAUUAUAAAUAUAAACCAAAGAAAAGAGAUAGUAAAAAAUGUAGUUUAUCUCCUCCUUCAACAGAUUCUGCAAGAACUUCCGAUUCUGAGUCAAAGGACGACUCUCAAGUUCCCAUAGAACAUAGAAAACAGGCUUCGAUGGAAUCCGCUUUCUCUGUUUAUGAUUUACGAUCAAAUCAUGAUCAAAAAGAGGAAAAUGAUUCAAAUUUGGCCAACCCGAUGUUCAAGAACAAAAAUUCUCCGCCGCUGACGCCUGAUUUUCCUGGUGAACAAGUACAAUUAAAUUAUCAAUCUCAAUGUCCUAAUUGUAGUUGUGGAGCACAUAAUAGAGGACCAGAACAAAAAUUAUGGCCUGAUUACUCACUUCCUCAAGUAUCUUCCGCAACAGCAAAUUUACAACCAGGACUUUCAAUUUACCCACCAGAUUUGGAUGCAAUCUUAUCUUUAUUUAACUUUACUUUAGAGUUUGUGCCGCCUGCAGAUAGCCCUAUUACUCCAACUUUUUCAUCGACAAUGAACGAACCAAAUUUUACAAACUUGGAAAAUCAACAAUUUUCUUCCAAUAUUAAUGGUAUUAUCCCAACUACUGCGGAUAUUAUCACAAUUCCACAAAUGCCUUCCGACGAACCAACACAAUCGACAACUAAUUGGAAUAAUAUCCCAAGAUAUAUUAUACCCCCUCAAUCCACUACAACAAUAAUGCCUACAUCUUUACCGCAACCGCAAGCACCUCCGCCCACACCAACAAGCCCAGUUGAAUUUUUGUCAUGGACUCCUUCGUUAGCAUCUCUUUCCAACGCUAAUAUCAAUACUAAUAUCAAUACUAAUAUUGCAAUUAAUUCGUCUCAAAUUGAUAAUCAACAACCAAAUAUUCAACUGCCUGCACAAUCUAAUAAUCAU